UGAUCUUAUCUAAGCAGAAGUCGACAUUUUUCCCGAAAGCUGCUGAGCGCGAGCCCGAUCCAGCGGGCAAGAGAGACUCUUACGUACCGUGUAGGGGCAACUGAUGUAAAAACGUUUCGGCUAAGAGAUCCAUUGAACACUAGUUAUAUUCACUGCUUUCAGUUAACGGUAAGCCAAAGGCUUGAGAAAAGUGCACAACACGUGCUUCGUCAUCUUGCGACUCUACCAUUACUAUCGCCGUUUCCGCAACUGUUACCGCCACGUCCAUAGCUUCUACCCUUUUCUUCUUCACCUAUCUGUCGUUCUCCAUAAUAUGAAACAGCCUCAUCCUUCGACAAACAUUCCUUAGUCCUUCCGAGACUGCAAGAAGGUAUGGUCGCCAAGCGAACAAGUCAGCUAAGCCAAGCAUGAAUGCCCGAAGAGGAGUUGAUUCUCAUGUGAAACGUAUUACAAAAAAGGAGGACUCGACAAAAUUUUGCCGAUGGCCUAUUAACAGUAUCGCCCCCAGUACCGUCAGUUGUGUAGUCGAGAAUAGAUAAGCUAGAUAGUAUUGCAUGUCAGGGGCUUUUGGUCGCGACGGUGAUUUCUUGCGAUUCUGUGUUGAAUCGAACGCGCGUAGCUAUUGCGUACGAUAUUCUAUCGUGCGACGGCAGUGUCUGAGAGGAAAUUUUGAAAAACGGUUAUAAACUUCAGAAGAUGCGUUCGCUCUACGAUGGUUCGUGACCUCUACCGUGCUCUGCAUCGGCUCAACGAUUGUGUAGUUUCUCCAUUGGAAACACAUACUCCAAUACAAACAGUACGAAGUCAAGGAGACCUUCUGCCCUUCCAGAAAGGAUGAUCGCAGAGCUGCUUUUUUUCCUGCAAGCUUAUGGUUGUGCACAUUUGUGGAUGAGGCAGCCACAACACAACGAGUAAAGCUCUGUAGGAUAGCAUAGGUAAAGGCGCCGGUGUCUGCUGUUUCACCCUGUACGUUCGUGUGUUCAUGUUUUCUCCGUGUGUGUGUUGGGUAAUCUGCCUGCCUGCCUGCCUGCCUGUAUGUGUAUGUCUCGAUUGCAAAGCGAUUGAGGAAGCAGUGGGAAGGGAGGCGAGAGGACGGCAAGUCAAGAGCCAACCGCUGCCGCGGGUGACCUCCUCCACAGCCGGAGCCCUUUUUGCCCAGUCCUGUGCCCCCGUGGCCCUUCCUUCCACCAGUGCGCAGCAACAGCGGGAGAGAGACCGCGGCUAUCGCCCGCCCGCCCGCCUCGUAUAGCCUUCUCUCAUGGGCAGUAGUAGCAGCGGCAGCAGCAGACAGCCAAACUCACGCGCGCUUAGCUAGCUGCCCUGCACUCACCGCGCAGACGGGCCUCGGCUGUGUUCAUUCCGGCUAGUCUGCCGCUCCGUUCGCUAGCACCGCUAGAGAAACUUCGUCCAUAGAACCAACCAGCUAGCUAUGUGUACAUACAUAAAUAUGCAUUUACAAGAAAUAUAUAAGUCGAUAUAGGAGCAGGCUCGUCGUGUUCUCGUUGUUGAUUCGUUCGUUUGUCACAGUAGAUGCUACGUACGUAAGCAGAGCGGCUUGGAGCGUUCUGUGCGACUGCAGUGUGUUAUCGGCUACGGCAUCAAUAGCCAUUUAAUGCGGUGUAGUAAUGCGCGGGACAGACACCAGACCGGCUAAUCCCGGUCGGUUUCGUAGUCUGAUGUGACGUGUGUCCUGAUUGGCGUGGCCAGCGGUUUGGUCUGCUGUCGGCAUCGUCGUAAUCGUUAUUGCCGCGGUCAUCUGGGGUACAGUGGCCGUGCGGUGUGAAAAGCCAUACAUGCCGACGAACCCGUCGGGAUAUAAUGGCCAAAGAAAGGUUCGCUGUCUGACUAAUGACAGCGCUGCGUGCCACGCGAGCUGGGCUCGAAGAUUCGCCUCAGCGGAAGAAAAUAGGAGGAGGGAACAGCAACCCGAUGUCACCCAUUACCCCCACCUUCAACUAGUGAGAUACCGCUCUACACAACAGAAUGCAUAGAGUGAGUCGGUGAGUGAAGCAGGUGUGGAUCUCACUAACAUUGGCCUAGAGCCAUGUGCUUCUAAGUCCACUGUCGUACAGCUGGACGCUGUAUUGGUCGGGAAGACAAACGCAGCUGGGUAGAACUGAUUAACGGUCAGAGUGUGAAGACGACGAUAAAGCGUUUCCUCUUACGAAUGGAAAGAAAAACAUGCCAAGUAGAAUAAUGCUGUAACGGUACUGCUUCUCUCUAGUCACUUAAAGGAGUAUUACACGAUCACAGUUUCCAGCCUACUAGUUAUAGUCAAUUCUACUUCUAUCUAUUGAAUAAUAUGCGUCCUCGGCUUGUCCUGCUUAUGACAUUAUUUUCCCAAGCAUCUUAAGGAUAUCACCGGGCCAAUAUAAACAACAACGAACUGGCUGUCUAUGAGUACCGGAAUGGCUUCAGUACGGACUCUGCGGAUAAACUAAAGAUGACGACGCCCCAAAGUGGCUAGCGGAAGAUGAUCCUGCCGGCAGAAGGAGGUCAUCGAGCUCUCGUGGUUGCUGUAGAGACGCAAUGGCCAGCAAAGAAAACCAGGCGAGAACAAAUGGCGCUACAGGAAAGCUCUUUUCCAAGGAAGACAUUAGGGAACAGUAUUGUAUCACCCGUAAGGAAAUAAAAACAUUCGAAGAUAAACGAUCGAAGAAGCUGUUUGGCUGUCUUGUGAAGGGAUCCUGCGCCGGCAGCAGCAAGGACAAAAAAUCAAAGCGGUCCUCUAUUCAGAGCGACGAACCGAGCGUAGCGUACGGAGACGACAACAACCGACAAUCAGAACCUAAACCUCACGAAUCGCUAAGCAAGAAAGAAUCAUCAGAAUACGAAGAUGCCGGCUUUCGAUAUCGACCAAAACCGUUCUGCCUACAAAAUCCGAACCGAUUUCAGUACAAAUCCGAAGCAGCGUCUCAGGCCGACACGAACUCGAUCCGCGUCGUUCCUUGCCGCUCAGCGUCGGCAAAGCCACGUCUUCAAAGUCAGCAUAGCUCACAAGGGAGCAUUACCUCAUCCCGCGCGUAUCUACCCAACCGCUCAUACGAAAUCUCUUAUGCCAUCUCACUGCAGCAACACGAUGACCGCGACAAACAAGUAUCCGGCUGCCGUUCAGUGGAUGCACUCAACGACGUGUGGCGUGGUAGUGGAUACUACGAUCAGGCCACGGGGCACCUGCCGGAGUACUCCAUGACACUGGAUAACCGGCACAGCGCUCAUAAUCACCACUAUCGAGGGACAACAUCCGCGCACAUCGGGCAUGUCAUCGCUCAUGGCGGCGUGUCAACGACGCCGCGGCCAAAAUCGGUAGCCACAGAUGUUAUGACGCAUCAGGAACCGACGGACGGAAGCGCCAGUAUGGUUAGAUCGAACACUGUCGGAGGAGGCUUAGAAGAUGUAGAUGCAAUGCUUGUUGGUCCCAUGGCCACUUCAACGCCAUUGAACGUCAGCAGAAACAGGUGUAACUGUCACUGUUCGUCGUCCUCUGUGGACAACCAAGAAAAUCUGGCAGACGUCACGCAAUACUUCAUGCAACGCUCAUUUGAGGAGAGUCUGAGUCACUCGGGUCGCAUGUCUGCCGCCCGCCGGGCCCUACAGAAGACCGCAGCAACCCAGACGGCUACAGCAACGGCAGAUAACACGACCUGCACCUCGGUCACUCCCACAUCCUCGCGUACCCCCGAAGUCCCUCCGGACUACCUGACGCUUUCGCCGCGUACCGCGCAAGCAUCCGCUUCGUCUAGCCGGAAGUCCUCAAGGAGACGAAAUGCGAGCAGGGAUUCAAGCUCGCGUAAGGCAUACACAUCAAUAGAUUCUGACACUGACGAAAGUAUUGACGAUGAACUCAUGGAAGUGGACCUACAUAGCACUCAACAACGGCUAAUGGCCUCGAACUCGAGGCACUCGUUAUCGAGCUGCCACCCGUCUGAGCAGCUAGAAACUAGCUCCAGUCCCGAGCACAAAUCACAAUCUAGCCAGAAACAGCUGGCUGCGUGGACACACCGGCGCUCAAUAUCGAAAGAACAGGUCGCAGCGUCCUCCUUCGACGCCUCUUCAACCACACUCACUACCGUCGACGCACUCCUAAACGUCUCGUACGAAUUAAACGAAGACUCAUACCAAGGAGCAGCAGCUUCGCCCCAUAAUUCUGUUGCCACCGAGAUAUGUUCGCUUGAUUCGCGGCACGCUGUUCAGGCGCACUCUGGGAAGAGCGCAGCACAACAGCCCACUGCCGUUGCUUCACCCGCACACGAAAAGCGCGCCCGGAAGGGCCAAGGCGCCAGAAGAAGCCCAUGUAUUGACAGUAAUAACCCUCAAGUAAUGUCCUAUGCUCAAUACCUCCUACAACCCGCGUGCGACUUCCCAGAGGAGAUAACGGGCAGUUUUAGCGCAGAAGUGCUCAACGCCACAGGCGCUGAAGACCUAAACUCGCCAGACAGCGAAUCCUCAAGCAGUCGCUUCACCGAACGCGAAUCGUCAUGCAAGAGUUCCACCUCGAGUUCAGCGGGGGUCCACAGGGAGAUGGCUCGAGGCUCCCAUAGCCUUCAAGGUAGCGCAGGAGCUGGUCAAGCGAGCACCCAGGAAUCGAAUACCCGAGAGGCCUCGCUCGGGCUGCCCCUUGAGGAGGUCAAGAGCGACAGCACCUCAGCUGAUUAUAUCACAGCUACCGAAGGCAAAAACUCUAAAACGAUUACGAAAGGUUUGUCUUCGCACGAGGGCAGCACCUCAUUGGAAAGCGCGCCCGAGAUUAGCUUGUGCCCGGGAACGACUCCAGGAGAAAUAGCCACUUCGGUGGCGCCAGCUGGCAGUGGGCGCGAGCGAGGUCUCGAAGCUCUCGACCUGCCUUCGCCAUCAGUAGAACUGCCGCAGCCAGGAGAACGCCAUAGAGGGGUCGAAUUACCACUCUCGAGCGAGAGCGAGGAUGACUCGACUAAAAAGGACGACGAACGCGAGCAGGAAACAGGAGACAGAGAAGACGACGAACCUGAAGCGAAAGCUAUAGACAACGACGACCAGAGCUCCGAGGGAGAAUACUCACUUGGGACGGCUGAAAAUAUCGAAGGAGAGACGGAUAAAUCGGACGAUGAUGCUGAAGAAGAUGAAACACUGGGACGGCGCGACGAGGAGCCUAUGGAGUGUAUGGUCCCCACAUCGUUGACGAUGCUCCCAUCUCCUAUUGAGACUUCGUCGCCCAAGACGAGCCAUAAGGGGUUUUCAAACAACGAGACCCAGCAACAACAACAACCGACUCAUAUUUGCGAAGUUUUUGAAGAUGAGAUCCACGGAAAAGCGCUAAUUCUACCAUUAAUGACCUUUCGGGACGUUCAGAAUGCCCUAGGACGAGCCGAGCUCCGUCAGUACGACGAGCUAUCGACGGUAUCUGAAGUUUCUGAAGAGAAUUCAACAUCAGAACAUCAAGUGACAGAACGCUAUACGCCAACGAGUUCGUGUGGGUCUACCGGUACAAUUAAGCGAAUCUACCGGCGGGCCGACUCUCCCCAAAGGAAAUACUUCCAGGAAGUUCAUAACGAAGCUAGCGUCCUCGACCAGGAUUCCACGAACCUAAAAGAUACGUCAUCCGAGCUAAACGCAUCAAACGAUAGCGGCGGAGCCUGUAUCGAAGUAACGCCAAACGACAGUGCAGAUUCUCUUUCGAUGACGUUCAGGCCGGAGGAAAUACCCGCUAUCAUGUACGGCCCCGUUGGCGGCAAAACAGCAACAGUUGGCCCACAGACGACAGCGGCCCCAACAACAGAACGUCCCCAACCAAAAAAAGAAGCAAGUUCGGCAACGACAGCGACGUCGCAAGGUGGUAGUGCCGCUGGGUGUGAAGCGAAAACUUCGGAUGAGACUGUCGAAAGACCCACAAAAGUCGAUCAGCCUGCGAUACCUUUGACGAGUAAUGAAACCCGUAUGCCAGCACCUCCGUGUGCAUCGGCCCGGGUGACUACGGUCUCGGCCGAGAUUCACCAACGCGGAUCAGCUCAUGAUAUCAAUUCAAAGGCGUCGCCAGCUGGAUCAUCAUGCCGUAACGGGGGGUCGCCACGUAGCGACGGUGUUGUCAUGUCGACAAAUAAAGAUCACCAGUAUCCCACUGUAGCAGUUUCAGCAGCUGUGGUACCUACAAACCGAUCAGCGCCGGGGAGGCCAACUGAGUCCGGCCCUAAGGAAGGCAGUAGUACCGAAUCCGGAACUCCAUCAUCAACGCCGACCAGCAACUCCAGUAGCAGCGAUCGAAAGGAACGCCAGAACGCCAAUGGCGACCCGCCGCCAAAUACGAAGAGGAACAGGACUCAUUCUCGUGGGAGCAUAACAGAGAGCAGCGUAACCACGCUAAACCAGUGCAUCGUCACUUCAUCGCAGCGCCGCGAGGACAAUGAGGAUUGCGGUAUACACUCAGAUUCGUUCAUCUCUUCGAGAUGGAUCUAUAUUUCGAAAGAGGACGAAAUGUUGGCGUGGAAAUCCAACAAUAAUAACGCCAAAAAUAAUAACACCGAAGAAAAAGAUGAAAGCUUAAUCAUCAAGACAAGCGUUAGUCGAUGCGACUCAACCGAGUCAGAACGGGCUUUCCAGAAACAAUACACUACGAUCACGCAUCGAAUGAUUCAUCGAAAGGCUAGCCUCGAGAUGUACAAGCGAGUUACGCAACGAUCUUUAGAGCCAACGAAAACUGUAAAGAUCGAGCGUCAAAAUGGUGAAUUUGGAUUUCGCAUCCACGGCUCGCGACCUGUCGUUGUGUCGGCCAUCGAGAAGGGCACGCCCGCGGAAAGCUGUGGACUCGAAGUUGGAGAUAUUGUCGUAUCAAUUAACGGAGUCAAGGUGAUGGACGCCUCUCACACCGAAGUGGUCCGUGUAGCCCACGCCUGUGCGGAGACGCUUAAGCUUGAAUUGGCUCGUACGUGCCACAUUCUUGCGCCUAAAGUCGACGUACCUGAACCAGAGAUGCAGGGCUUCCUUCAGCGGCUCUCAUCGACCAGCUCAAGUCGUCGUUGGUGUAGGCGAUGGUUCGUUCUCAAGAAGAGCGGCCAACUGUGCUGGUUCAUGGCGCAUGGGGAAAGCGAUCCAUUGGGCGCCCUGAUGACAGAUAACCUUCGGGUAGAGCGUGUUAUCGAGCCAGGCGCAGAGCAUGCCUUUAAGGUCACCUUUACCUGCAGUGCAAGCGGUGGCAAUAACUCCAAGAAAAAUGGCGCAGCAUCUGUCGGAGGUGGUACCUACUUUGCGGCGGAUGACGAGGACAGCGCCACGAAGUGGAUAAUGGCCUUCAAAAAAAUGGCCAGCCCCUCGCUAACGCAUCAAGAGCGGUAUCUGGAAGAAGUGAGGGAGAACCUUCAACGACCAGUAAAUACAAUGACACAGAUAGAUUGCCAGGGGUUUUUGUGUAAAUAUUCCGACAGGGCUGGAGCCUGGAGGAGCUACUAUCUUGUACUCAAAGACGCCUCGCUGUACAUCUAUGAAGAUAGAAAUGACCUCAGGGCUUUAGGCGUAUAUUUGCUUCACGGUUAUCGUGUACAAAGCUCUUCAGCCAUGGGCAAGCGAAAUGUUUUCGAGGCUAUUGCCCCUGGGUCUGCUCUCACAAAAAAUCUGCUAUUUUUAGCCGAAACCGAACAGGAGAAAAAGAGGUGGCUUGCUUCGUUAGAAUACUCAAUAGAUCGGUGGCUGAGGCUUUGACAAGCACCGCUUGUACGCCCCCAGGCUGACAAGUGCGGAUGAUCGCGGCGGUGUGUCAUAGCAAGGCGAGACACCUCGACUUUUAGCAAUGGGCGUAACGUGCAAAGUGUUAUCUCUCGGACCUUGGCGUCACUCGAGAAUCUUGCUCGUUCGCCUAGCGGAAAGGAGCAAAACUUGUCGGAGCUGAUCACUUUUCGAGUUAAAGUUUCCGCUCGGAAUUGCUGCUACAGCAGCUGUGGCUGGCGCCAAGUUGAAAGCUGUCAGGAGCAAAAAGGACACAACCGAUUGAAAAGAUGGGUGUAUUCAUUUUUCGGACGCCACUCGCGUCGAAUACGCUGCUUCACGAUGUUUGCACGUACAUAUAUGUCAACGUUCCAUAUUGCUUUUUGACUUCGAACACUACUGGACAUAAAAGCUGCAUUUAAAGCUAAAUGCCUAACUGAUUACUAUAGCUGCCAUUGUCCAUUGUUAGAAUCCAUUGUCUGUUCGGAUCAGAUAAAGUCAGUUGACUUCGAACCGAGGCUACCCAUCGAUCAGUGUUCCUUCAGAGAAAGAACGUUCCGUAGAAGAUAUGUAUGUGAAGUAGAAGAAAAUGGCGCGCACA